GUAGAUUUCCCCGCGAGCUCUUCAGGAGAACACAAGACAAGUCUUUCAGCGUUUUUCUUCCGAUUUAGAUUUAAAGGUGUUAUUGUUAAAAUGGCGACAGUAGCAGCAGGUAGACGUAGUCCAUUAUUUGAUCGUCCCUGACAUGAGUGAUCUGAGGAUUGUGCUGAUAGGAAAGAAUGGAUCAGAAAACAGACGAGUGGCAAACUCUAUACUGGGAAGAGCAGUGUUUGACAGUGAAGCUCCAUCUUAUUCACAGCAGCACAGUGACAGAAUCAGUGGAGAGCUGGAGGGGAGAUACAUCACAGUCUACAAUCCUCACCUGCUCCAGCCAAAUUUCCCACAGGGAGUGAUAAUAGAUGGAGUGAGAGACUGUGUGUCUCAUUCUGAUCCAGGACCUCAUGUGUUUGUACUCGUUCUGCAGAAUAACAACUUCAAUGAGAACGACAGACACAGAGUGAAAUAUGUACUGAACCUCUUCAGUUACCAGGCCUUGAAACACACUAUAGUGCUGACUACUGAUGAUGUGCCACGCAGAUCAAUAUUCACUUCUAGGAAUAACUCUAUUCAUGAUUUAAUAAAGGAGUGUGGAGGAGGACAUCUGAAGUUUAAUACAGUAAGCACAGGAUGGCGCUUUGAGAUUUUCAGAAGGACAGAAGAGAUACUCAAGAAAGAAAGAAUAGAAUUUCUCAUCUGUGACAAUAAUGAGGAUGAAGAUGAAACACAAGUGGAUGAAGAUCUGAGAAGAUCUGGGGCUUCCGUCAGAGAAGAAGACAAAAAAAGAGCAUUCUGAUCUAAAAGAGAGCACAAAAACAGCAAGUGAUGGAGGAGUGGGGACUACUGGGAAAGCAAAGCUGAACAUCGUGCUGUGUGGAAAUAACUCAACACUCAAGAACUCAGUGUCUAAAAUCUUUAGAGG